AUGCUGGCUGGACGAGCCCUCGCCUUCCUCUCCCUGACCUGGAGCGCUUACCAGAGCCUGGCCGUCCCCAGGGUCGUGGAAUGUGGCCUCUCCUGUUCCCAGGGCUUCACCUGCAAGAGCCGCAUAAACCGAAAUAUUUUCAACAGCUUCUGCUGGGAGCCCCCCACGUCCAUGUCCGGGUCCGUCCUGGAGGCCCUGACCCUCUCCACCGCCAUGAAGUGUGCCCCCCACGACGGCUGCUCCCUGCUUCUGCGUGUCAAUGCUUCUCUCACACUGCGCGAGGGCCUGCGGGGCCUGGAGGCCUGCUCCAUGAGCCUGGACACCCAGGAGACACAGUGCCAGAGCGUGCGGGUCCCUAGGGCCUCCCGCCGGCUGCAGGUGGGGCAGCAGCUCCAGGUGCACUUUGACUGCUUUGAGGUGAGCGUGGCCCAGAGCCUCUACGUCACCCUGAGGACUGUCCCCCACUUCUGCGGGGUCCAGCUGGGCCAGCGGUACCAUGUGGAAGACUGCGCAGACGAGGACGUGGCGAGGAACGUGCCCGACUGCUUUGCUGGGAAGCUCUCCUACCGGGUGGACCGCAGCCGCAAGGUCGUUCUGGUACAGGUGCCAGAGUCAGGGGGCCCCGACUACUACGUGCGGCUCUGCCUCAAGUGGUUCACCUGCGAGGACGCGGGCGCCCCGGUGCGAGUGACAGCGAACAGGGUCUCCCAGAGGGUCUCUCUGCCCUACAAGCAAGAGUUGUCGUGCCUGUGCCUUGAGGGCUGGCCUGCGACGCCUGACGCCGUGCGGAUCCAGACCUGCCCCUUCAAAGAUGACACGGAGACCCUGUGGGACGCCGUCCACUACCACCCGGAGAGCCAGGCGCUGAGUUGGGAGCCUGCCUGUCCCAUGAGCGGCCGUGUGAGUCUGUGCUGGCGCCCAGGGCCAGGGCCCCAGUGCCUGGAGCUGCAGCACUCCGGCCGGCCCGCACACAGCAGAGUGCAGUACCCUCUUGUGGACACCCAGCCCCAGCUCUGCCUGAAGUUCUCCACGAGCCUGGGCUUCCCGGUGAGGUGCCCUUGUGAGCAGCCGCGCUUCCCAGCCUGGAAGAUGACCGUCCAGCGGGCACCCGCUCCGGGCCACCUCCGGGUGGCCUUCUUCUCGCCCAGCCCUGCCCGCUUCCAGGUGUGCCUGUGUCACCGAGGGAAGACGUGGCCGCCCGCGUGCCGCCGAGUGCUCCAGGCCACGCCCACCCCUGCGGUGAGCUGGGGCGACCCCACAGAGGACCCUGCAGUGGCCUUUGUGGACAUUCCCGGGGACCAGGCCUGUGCACCCGGCACCUGCAUCCAGGGCAGGAGGACCGACGUCCAGUUCUCCGCCCCCCAGCAGCUGUGCGACCUCCAGUGCGGUGAGCGCUGGGGCCAGGCCUCAGCCAGAGGGGGCAGGGAGGACAGGCCCUCGGGGGCUGCAAGAGGCCCAGGGCUGGACCCCAGACUGGCCCCUGGCAGCCCCGUCUCCCAUGUCGGAGUGGGCGCACUGGGGCUUGGCGGGGGACAGAGGGGCCACCCGCCUCGGAGUCAGGCCAGGCCAGCCCGGCCCCGCCCUGACUUGGGCGGUCAAGGCCCCCCCCAGGGCCUCCAAGCACCCAGCCGGGUCCCACGGUGUCAGGUGUGCUGCGCCCUCCUCCCUGAGUGCGCCGACCCCAGUCAGGGCUCUGGUUCCCACUGUGCAAGGAGCUCGAUGUCGCCAGCCCACCCUUCGCCCAGCCAGCCACCGAGGUCCAGACUCCUGGGCCCUCAGGCCCAGCAGGAGACGGAGCUAAGCCUAACCCUGCAGGGCCUGGGUGUGGCCCAGCAGGGUGGCUCCUGCCGGAGGCGGGGCUGCCACCCAGGGGACAGCAGCCUGAGGCCAGGUGUCUCGCCAAGAAGAAGCAAGUGCCAGGGCCUGAUUGCUGGGAUGUGCGUCACUUCCGUGUCCCAGGCCAGGGGUCACCCAGCAGUUGGCCGGCUGGGUCUGCCCUCCCAGGACCUUCCUGCCGGCUCACAAGGACCACCGGGCCACGCCUCCCGAGCUGUGUCUGGAGUCACCUCCACGAGACUGCGGUGCAUCCAGGCCCCGCCCUGGAUGUCAGCUGUGCUGCAUCUGCAAAUGCACCCCUACCCCCAGGCCCUGGCUGGGCUGUCCCUCCUUCAGCCGGACACAGGCCACCGGGCCUUCUCCUCAUCCCUCCCUCAACGGGGCCUGCUGCCCCCAGCCGACUAG